CUCCAUUUUUUUUUUCAUUUUACCGCGGUUUGAAAAAGGAAGCGCCCAACGACGCGCUCUCGCUCAAAAUCAAAAAUCCCGGUGGCGUCAAAAUUCGUUUGUCCGUUUGAAACUCGUGUUCGUGUUGUAAAUUGUGCGUGUUUUGUGCAGUACACGAAAUGAUUGUCGUACCCCAUACGUAGACGCUUUUAGUAAAGCUAACGAAAUGUCUCAUUAACCCUCCUCCUCGGCACGGUACGCGGCACCCCCAGCAAACUCUUUCCAAAAAUCAUCAGGGCUACACAAGCAGCUUAGUAACCCUCGCCAUUCUUUACUUUCCUUCGCGAGAUAUUCUUGCCGAAAGAAGUUAAUAAAGCGCUGCUGGAGUUUGGCCCGCACCCAUACGCCCGAAGAUCAUCGACACGCACACGCACGUCUUGAGCGGACGGUUAAAGAUCAUCACGAUUUACGCACGCCGCCGUUGUUUGCGCUGCGUCAGUAGUCUUUUGAGGGCUAAAAACCUCGUUUCAGGCUUCACUAAUAAUCCUAGUUGCCUACGUUGUGUAACUUGCAAAGCGAACCGAUCCAAUUGCUAACAAACAUGGCGUCCUUCCGUGUGCAUGAAGAUCUGGAGAAAGAGAACCGAGGCGUGGGCCCCAUGGCUGGCAAGAAAGCGGGCGGUACGGUGUUCGGCGCUGCCGGCAAAAAUCAGCUGCAGCCGCAGCGCACAAUGUUGAACGUACUCAACACGAACAUCCCUCAUGCGGAUAAAACGAUAAAGGAUGCUAAGAAUCUGCGGGCUACGGGUGGUGCCGCACUGAUGCCGAAGGUCGGAAAGGCGGACGAAAAUGCAUGUAUCCCAAGAGCGGGUUUGCCGGCUAAAGCCGUUCAAAAGGCAACCAGCAACGUCACGGAAGCGUUCAAGGGAUUCCAGGUGUACGACGAAUCCAAGGAAAAUCUUGCCGCCGCCGCCUGUCUUCUCCCAAAGGAGGAAACCCUGCACGAGAAACGGGAACCUCUGCAAGAGAUUAAAAAUGUGCAGUUACUGGAGACGCCCAUGUCCGUGGGCGAUAGCUACUCGCCCAUGUCGGUCGAUAAAUCGGCCAUGAUCGUCGUUGACGAAGGUCACAUACCGAAAAAUGAUCGCGAGCGUUUCUACGAGGUAGAAGAGUAUCAGGAAGACAUUCUGCUCUACCUGAAGGAGGCGGAAAGGCGUAACCGCCCGAAACCGAACUAUAUGAUGAAGCAGACGGAUAUUAACCACUCGAUGCGCACCAUUCUGGUCGACUGGUUGGUCGAAGUGAGUGAAGAAUAUAAGUUGCACGGCGAAACGCUGGCACUGGCAGUGUCGUACAUCGAUCGGUUUUUGAGCUUCAUGUCGGUGGUUCGAGCCAAGCUACAGUUGGUCGGCACAGCUGCCAUGUUCAUCGCAGCUAAAUACGAAGAAAUUUUCCCACCGGAUGUAAGCGAAUUUGUGUACAUCACCGACGAUACCUACACGAAGAACCAGGUGCUGCGUAUGGAGCAACUGAUUCUUAAAGUUCUGUCGUUCGACUUGACCGUGCCCACAUCGUUGGUGUUCACUAAUUUGUACUGCGUGAUGAACGAUGUGCCGGAUAAGGUCAAAUAUUUGACUAUGUACCUCUGCGAGCUGUCAAUGCUCGAGGCCGAUCCCUAUCUAACAUACGUACCAUCGAAGAUAGCAGCCGGUGCGCUUGCCUUAGCCCGACGCAUCCUCGAUCUUCCGAUGUGGUCAAAAAUGCUCGAAAACAACACCGGUUACAAGCUGCCGAGUUUGAAGGACAUUGUUCUGGAUCUUAACAAAACACACACCCUAGCGGCCACGAUGGCACAACAGGCCAUUCAGGAAAAGUACAAAUCCAUCAAAUUCAAGGAUGUCGCCUCCCUGCCGGUCACCAAGCUCACCGAAGAGACGUUCGACAGCAUUUGCGAAACAUUGACAAGAGCUGCUACCUCAUCGUCGCAGCAGGCACAACCGCAACAGCUUCUAACCUCGACCAGUGAUCAGGAGAAUGGCCGAGCACAGAAAAGCCUUCUCAUUGCCUAACGGUCCCCGGACGGCAACCGCAUUAAUUUUGUUUUGUUAGGAAAAAUAUGUGUCUGGUUUUUUUUUUAUUUAAUCAUGUUUGUCAAGAUCCCUUUUGGAUCCUCCUUAACUGUAACUCCCACUGAAAACCCCGCGUCACAGCAGAAUCUCGUUGUACGCACGAGGAAAGCUUUUUGAGAAGAUUUUUUUGUGACUUCAUGUUUUACUGUAAGACGCUGUAUUACUAGGCAUUUUUCUGUACUACUUUUGCGAAAUCUAAUUUAUUUGUUAGCUUUGUCUUGAGAAGUCUGUUUCUCUGUGGAAAACCUUACGAUCGCUCUCCGGCGGAACAUAACUAGCUUCAAGUAGAGAAGGCCACGACACAAUGCUUUGCCAUGGUCAGGAUCAUCGCAAGGCACAGUAUGCUGGUUUAUCGCAAAUUUGACUAAAUCCUGAGGAAAACUCAAUCCAUCAGGAAGUUCACUGCUUCGUCGAAAAACGGCAAUGCUAGAGUAGAAUAUUAACUAAGAAAAAAGUGAAACAGACUACAGUCGGUAAUUUCGGCUCGUCAAACCGAAGUCUGUAAGCGGUACGGAAAAGACUAAACAAUAAGACACGACUUUAUAGGAAAAUAGCAGCCCUUUUUGUUACUUACUCCUUGAUGCAUGAUGGAAAUAAAUGACUCAAAGAAGCCGAAAGAAAACAGAAAACAGC